AGGACUUCAGGUCAGAGAGAGUGUAUAAAUGGCCACCGUCAUCGAGGUGCUGCUGCAUUUGAGAAGCUGAAGCAACUCCAAGGGCACGGUGCACAGGCCGAUUGGCUUCUCAGCCCCGAAAUACGGAUUGGACUGGGAACGCUCUCCAGGACGCUCUGGCUACACCUUAGAAGAGACCCGUGAAGGACGCGCUGAGGCCUUUUCUCGCAGCUCGCCCCCGUCCUUGCCAGCAUGUGCACUGGGGGCUGCGCCAAGUGCCUGGGGGGCACCCUCAUUCCCCUCGCUGUGUUUGGCUUCCUGGCUAACGUCCUGUUAUUUUUCCCCGGAGGAAAAGUGAUCGACGACAACGUCAACCUUUCGGACGAGGUCUGGUUUUUCGGAGGAAUAUUAGGAAGCGGGGUCUUGAUGAUCUUCCCGGCACUGGUGUUCUUGGGCCUGAGGAACAAUGACUGCUGUGGGUGCUGCGGCAACGAGAGCUGCGGGAAGCGAUGUGCGAUGUUCACCUCCACAAUAUUCGCUGCGAUCGGAUUCUUGGGUGCUGGAUACUCGUUUAUCAUCUCGGCCAUCUCCAUCAACAAGGGUCCUAAAUGUUUCACGGUCAAUGGCACCUGGGCCUACCCCUUCCACAACGGGGAUUACCUGGGUGACAAAGCCUUGUGGAGUAAAUGCCGAGAGCCUGCCGACGUGGUCCCCUGGAAUCUGAGCCUCUUCUCCAUCCUGCUGGUCAUAGGAAUAAUUCAGAUGCUUCUCUGCGCCAUCCAGGUGAUCAACGGCCUCCUGGGGACCCUGUGCGGAGACUGCCAGUGCUGUGGAUGCUGUGGGGGAAAUGGGGCCGUUUAAACCCGGGUGGCGAGCAGCUGUGACUCCACGGCAUGGAGGACAGGUUAAACGGACUCCCUUCUUCCUCGUCAGUUCCGACCUGCUUCCUACCUGCGAAGCUUAGGGAAGGCAGAGCCGUUCCUUCUUCUUUCCAGCAGCUUAGUCCAACUUCCAAUUUUAUGUUAUUUUCAAAUAAAAAAUAGUUUGGCCACUUAAAAAGUUAGAUUGACAAAUCUUUCAAAUUAGCUUCCUUUGAGAAUUGAAGAGCAGGUUCAAAGCAAGUUUUCCACAAUUUUUUCUUGAAGUGUGAAAAAUGUACAGUCAUGCGUCCUGCUACCCUGCUUCUGUGUAUAUAGAGAUGUUCAUAUCUUUGGGAACUUUACAUAAUUCAAAGCAGGACAGCACAUUAAAAAUGAGAAGCUAAAGCCAAUUUUUAUUUUCAAGAUUUAUGGGAAAAAAGAAUGACUGAUGUAUCAUACAUAAUUUGUAUUUGGUGUCUUUGGGGCUAACGUGUUUGAAUUACCCGUGAAUAGUCUUUUGAGCCUGCCAUCAUUUGCUGGGGUUUCUUUAUGUAUAUUAAAUUAAAAUCCGAAUUCAGAGGUAAUAC